GCUUCCUACCUCCGGAUGCCUGCGAUAGUGUUGCCUACUUAGAAAUAUUCCGAUAGGAUCCAGCAUUCCUGAACUGGCAAUCCGUUGUCAAUUAGGACUGUAAUUCUGCGUCAUAAUUUGCACUGAUGGUGAUGGUAUCGGGUUUACUGAAAGGUUGAUGCAUUGUUUCUUGGGACUGCAGUUCAUAAUUUUCAAGCGCGAGCAGCUGUCACCAUGGUGUCUGUCUCAAACCAUUGAUGUCCAUCUUUUAUUUAAUGUCCUAAAUCGAGUGAAUAUUACAGCAGGUCAUUUAAUAACUUUUAGGUUAGGCUUUUGGGAUCAUAUUUGAAAACUUUUUUUUGGGCACGAGAAACUUUUUCUCUUAACGUAAAGAUGUCUCUCUUAGAUGACCUUUGUAAAAUAGGGAUGGCCGAAUUUCAAGAGAAACUGAGGCUUCAGCAUGAGACCUCCAUGCACGCAGAGCUGGAGAAGUUGCUGAUGACAGCCAAGGGCACUGAGCAAGAGAUUUCCAGAAAGGACUUUGAGGGUUUCAAGAAAAUCUUCCACAGGUUCCUCCAGGUGAAAGGACCGUCUAUAAACUGGGAGAAGAUCAACAAACCACCAGAGGAUCUGAUCCGCCCCUAUGACAAGAUCAAGGCCCAGGGGCUGCCGGACAGCGUGGCGGCCAGCCUCAACAAGCUGGUGGUUGUGAAGCUCAACGGAGGCCUGGGCACUAGCAUGGGCUGCAAGGGCCCAAAGAGUGUCAUCAGUGUCCGCAAUGAGAACACCUUCCUGGACCUCACCGUGCACCAGAUUGAACACCUAAACAAAACCUUCAAUGUCGAUGUGCCUCUGGUUCUCAUGAACUCCUUCAACACUGACGAGGACACCAAGAAGAUUCUGCAGAAGUACACGCACCACCGGGUACACAUCCACACCUUCAACCAGAGCAGAUACCCAAGGAUCAACAAGGAAUCCCUCCUGCCCGUGGCCAAAGACCUGGGAAUGCACGGCGACCAGGCUGACGUCUGGUACCCACCCGGCCACGGCGACAUCUACGCCAGCUUCUACAACUCUGGCCUCCUGGACAAGCUGAUCGCCGAGGGCAAGGAGUACAUUUUUGUGUCCAACAUCGACAACCUGGGCGCCACCGUGGAUCUGUUCAUCCUCAACCACCUGAUGUCGCAGCCCAAAGACAAGCGCUGCGAAUUUGUCAUGGAGGUCACGGACAAGACCCGCGCCGAUGUCAAGGGCGGCACGCUGAUCCAGUACGACGACAAGCUGCGACUGCUGGAGAUCGCCCAGGUGCCCAAGGCGCACGUGGACGAGUUCAAGUCGGUCACCAAGUUCAAGAUCUUCAACACCAACAACCUGUGGAUCUCCCUGGGUGCCAUCAAAAGGCUGCAGGAGCAGAAUGCCAUGGACUUAGAGAUCAUAGUCAACCCCAAGACACUGGACGGUGGCCUGAACGUGAUCCAGCUGGAGACGGCGGUGGGCGCCGCCAUCAAGGCCUUUGACAACGCGCUGGGCGUCAACGUGCCCCGUAGCCGUUUCCUCCCAGUCAAGACAUCAUCGGACCUGCUGCUGGUCAUGUCCAACCUGUACAGCCUGGACGCCGGCUCGCUGACCAUGAGCAAGAAGAGGGAGUUUCCCUCCACGCCGCAUGUGAAGCUGGGCAGCUCUUUCACCAAGGUCCAAGACUUCCUGACGAGGUUUGAGAGCAUCCCAGACAUGCUGGAGUUGGACCACCUCACCGUGUCUGGAGACGUCACCUUCGGAAAGAACGUCUCUCUGAAAGGAACUGUCAUCAUUAUUGCCAAUCAUGGAGACCGAAUCGAUAUUCCAGCAGGAGCUGUGCUGGAAAACAAGAUUGUCUCUGGAAACCUGCGCAUCCUUGACCACUAAGAUGUUCAGCACAGCCAAGAGACACAUGGCCAAGAUAAAAGACAUGCAUAUCAGGACAAAGUUGCCUUUCCACAUUGUUAGGCAUUAUCACUGUGAUUCACCACUUUCCCAUAUCAGAUACAUUGUCUGCAGGUUGCAAGGAAGUACUUUGCCAAUCUGUAUGAAAUGGCCUAACAGACAUACUGUGGUUCUGGUCUGGAGACCAUGACUGUGUUUACAAAGGCAGUCCAAUUAUGAUAUUUUCUCCACUAACUGGCCCAGAGCAUUGGGCCAGCAAACAUUAGGUCGCUGGUUCAAAACCCCGGGCAGACAAUCUGUUAACCCUAAUUGCUCCUGGGUUGUUGCUGUAAAUAAGAAUGAGUUUGUAGCAUUCUUAAAUAGCAAAAUCACUGUAAAAAAUAUAUUUUGAGCUCAUCAGAAAGGUUCACAACAAAUACGUCGAAGAUGACCUGAUUAUAAGCCGAACACCAGUCGGUGGAAAGAAGAUCCCCUUUGGCCUGCCUGUUUAAACACAGCCUGCACAUGCUGUUACAGGAUCUGGAAGCUCCUUUUACCCUGGCAGAUCAAUUCUCAUAGGCCAGGGAGAACCUGAAUAAAAGUGCAAUAUGGAUAUAAA